CACGUGGAUGGUGUGUGCUCUGGCCGUUCAGAGGGAGCAGGAGCCAGAGACGCCAGAACUCUCUACCUUCACUUGAACAUCACGUUGGACCUGCAGCUUCACCCGGGUCACCUCCAGCCAUGAGGCUCCUCCUGCUGACACUUACUGUGCUGCUGUUCCUGUCCCAGCUCACGCCAGGCGACACCCAAAAAUGCUGGAACCUUCGAGGCAAAUGCCGCCCGCGAUGCUUCAAGAGGGAAGAGGUCUACGUCUACUGCACAAAUAGUAAAUACUGCUGCGUGAAGCCCAAGUACCUGCCAAAGCACAUGCCAUGGUUAUUUGGAAAAGUUUGAAGCUGAAGCCAUGAAGCUAGCCAGAGUCUCACCCAGUGAAUUCCUGAGCUCCAUUAAAAUACUUCUGGCUGAUCCUGCUAAUCGACCCCUGUCAUUCUGGGGAAGUCCCCCUUUACUGGGCCUGUAAGGUUCAGACUAUUUCCAUGUUCAAAAUUUUUAAAAAAUGCAUUUACUCUUUUCCAUCUUGUUCUCUCACAAUUGUGCAGCGGAACUUUCCAGAAACUACAUGGCCUGUGAUGACAUCAGAGAUACUCUUGGGCUGCUGAAGGUCUAGCAACCAGAGAUUUAGGGCCUCGCUGUGGUCCCAUUGAGAAAUGAACCCAGUUGUUCUUGGUAAUUCUACUAACUUCUUACUACUCCACGUUGGUUCUGUUCCUAAUCCUCUGUAAUCUCAUUUUCCUCUAAUAAAAGGCUACUGCGAAAUCCCAAAA